CAUAUAUUCUGAGCCAGUCCCUCGCCCCCUUCGGUGACACAGCUCAGCUCACCUGAGGAUUCUCAUAUAGCCAUAACAGUCACCUGUACCAUCAGGGUCAGAACCCAUCACACCUCAAACAACUUUCACAGGACCUGCUUCAGCACACAUACAUAUCGCAGCAGAAACGCACCAUGUCCUCCACCUUCUCCAUGCGCAGCUACUCAGCCCGCCAGCCAUCCUUCUCCAGCAUGUCUCUGAGAGACAGCAGUAGUAGUGGUGGCAGGAGCCGCUCCAAAGCCCCUGUCUCCUCCCUGUCCUCUGCCAGCACCCUGUCACUCUCCCGCUCCCUCUCCAUGGGCAACGGGCUCAAUGUCCUGGGCGCCCUCUCCUCCCUGAACGGCAUGGGCGUGGGCGCCAGCGACAAGGAGACCAUGCAGGGCCUGAACGACCGGCUGUCCAACUACCUGGACAAGGUGCGCUCCCUGGAGCGAUCCAACGCUGAGCUGGAGCUCAAGAUCAAACAACUGAUGCUGGAGCGGGCCCCCAAAGGUCACGAUAUCGAGGGUAUGAUGGCCCAGGCUCACGCCAUUGGACAGGAGGUGAGAAAGAAGACCCUGGAGAAUGCUCGCAUCAUGCUGGAGAUUGAUAAUGCCAAGCUGGCCGCCGAUGACUUCAGGGUCAAAUGGGAGGCUGAGGCCACACUGUGCCAGUCUGUAGAGAGGGACUGUCUGGCUCUCAGGAGGGCCAAGUCAGACCACGACCAGCUCAUAGCCACACUGAGAGGAGACCUGGACAGCCUGAAGGAGGAGCUCUACUUCCUCAAGAAGAAUCACGAUGAGGAGAUGGGCUCCAUGAAGGCCCGUAUGGCCAACGAGCAGGUGAAUGUGGAGGUGGAUGCAGCCCAGGGCCCAGACCUUGGGGCCAUAAUGACUGAGCUGAGGAGCCAGUAUGAAGGCAUUGCGCGUAAGAACAAGGAGGACUCAGAGACCUGGUACCUUAAGAAGCUGGAGUCAGUGCAGUCGGAAGUAAAGGAGAGCGGUGAGGCGCUACGCUGUGCUCAGAGUGAGCUCAGCGAGAGACGCCGCUUCCUACAGGCCCUGGAGGGGGAACUGGACAGUCUGCGCAAACAGGUGGGUGUGUUGGAAGGGAACCUGAGAGAGACAGGCCAAAAGUAUGCUCUGGAGAUGGACAGUCUGCAAGCCACGCUGUCUCAGCUGGAGGAGGAGCUGUCCCAGCUGCGUCUGGACAUGCAGCGCAACAAGACAGAUUAUGAACAGCUGCUCCGCAUCAAGCAGAACCUGGAGCUGGAGAUCGCCACCUACAGGAGACUGCUAGAGGGAGAGGAAGUCUUGUUCCAGUUUCCACCAAUAUCCAGAAACUUCGCACUGCCAUUGAAGAGGAGUGGGGCAACAUUCCACAAGCCAAUGGCAGUCACGCCCCAACCUGUUUUUUUUAAGGAUCAAGGAAAUGCCUCCUCCUAAAAAGGAGCCCGAGGUGAGGACCAGGAAGAUCGUCAAGGUGGUCACCCAGACCAUGAUCAACGGCAGGGUAGUUGAAGAAUCCAGUGAGGUGGAGCAGAUCAAAGACAGCAAGAAAUAAGCUAAUCAGCUCCAUUCGUUUAUAUCUUCAUUAUCUUCCUCAUCAUCACAUACACAGAGCAUUGGCCCUCCACAUUCUAGUUGAAAUCACAAAUUUGUGAAAGAAUGCUUUUUUAUCUUCAAACAAGGACAGUCUGAGUCGACUAAGGAGAUGUUCGACCACCAAUCCCUGGACAUGCAGUAACUGUAGACUAAAACGUGGAAAAUGUGUGGGGUCAAUGAAUAAUCAAUAUUGGGAAUAUAUCAUUUUGGGGUUUAUUUGGGAAAUAGUAAACAGUAGUAGGCUAAUUGUGGACUAGACGUGUGUCUCAUGAGAGAUCCCUUCAACAUUCUACUUUACAUUAAGUUCUUUAUGGCAUAUAGUAACUUUGUAACUAUGCUGUACAUUCACCAAAAUGUAAUUAGGCCUAUAUUGUAGCUGCAGAUAAAGUUUCUAAAAUAAUGAUUGUAUUGUAAUGAAAGGAAACUCUCUGUUAGCAGUAGUUACAAAGUGGAAUCCCCCCCAAAUAACAGAAUCUCGUGUUACCAUAUGGAAUUGUAUUAAAUAUUAUAUAUAUAUAUAUACUACCGUUCAAAUGUUUGGGGUCACUUAGCAAUGUCCUUGUUUUUGAAAGAAAAGCACAUUUUUUGUCCAU